ACGGACGUCAGGGACCUCGGCCGGGCGGGCGGAGUGUCAUCUUCCGGCGCCGGCGGCCUGAUCGGACGUCAUGGAGGGCUCAGGCGACCCCGUCACCACGUGUCUCUCCCCCUCCGUGCAUGAGCUGAUCUGCAGAGUCGGCUUUGAAGCCCGCGAACGUUGCGACACCAGCACUGUCGUGAGCCCGCACGGGGAGGUGUGCUGGGCAGCCUUCACGGCCUGCAUCAUCCAUGCGGGCUCAGGCGAGGAUCUGGAUUACCCGGGCAGCGUGAGGCUCCUGGGCCCCGUGUGCGAGGCUGUCCACUCACACGUGUUAUCUCUGACCUGGGAGCAGUUUGAGGCCCGAUUUGCACCGUGGCUCGAGUGGACAAGCUUCCCAGAGCUGUUCCCUGAAGUGCUGGGUGCCCUGCGCUGCGCGCGGCCGGCCGCCAUCUCCCUGGGCCUGAUGAAGCUGACGGCGCUCCUGGAGCGGGCCCUGGGCGACGUCUUCCUGCUCGUCGGGCGCGAGUGCCCCUUCCUGCUGCGGGACCUGCUUGCGUCGGCGGAGCUCGCGCAAGUCUUCGGGCGGCCUGUGAUGAAUGUGCUGCGCGUCCUCCUGGGCUCGCCCCGCGGCCUCAACCUGCGCAACGUCCUGUGGCAUGGCUUCGCGGCCCCGGGAGAGGUCCCUGCCAAGUACUGCUCCACGGUGCUGCUGCUGAUGGCGGGGCUGGGCCAGCUGCUGCGGCGCUUCCUCCAGCAGAGCCGCCGGACCCUGGCGCCCCGGCCACCCAGGACGCUGACCCUUGCGGAGGACCUGAGUGCCGUCCCCGGUGUCACAGCCGAGGCGCUGUCCGCUCUGGAGGCCGCAGCCAGGAGGUCGGCCUUCGUGCCGGAGACCAUGCUGCCGUACUGGGAGGAGGCGCUCGCCAAGUUCACGUCGCACAGGUUCGCGGACUGUGCCAUCCUGCUGCUGACCCAGCUGGAGACCACGCUUCGGAGCAUCUUUGCCGCAGUUAAUGGCUGUCCCCAGAGGCUCCUGACCGCCGAGUCAACAGCUCUUUACACCACCUUUGACGAGAUGCUGGCAGAGCGCCUGGGCGAUGGCCAGGUCAACCGGCUGCCCGCCGUGCUGGGGGAGGCCGCCAUGGAGUUCCUGUGGGACUUCCUGAGCCACCGUGAGGGCCCGCGCCUCCGGGACCGCCUGAGCCACGGGGAGGUCUGCGUCCGCGAGUUCCCGGUCGCUGCCGCCGAGCUGCUGCUGGCCUUUGCCCUGGCGCUGCUGCUGCGCCUCGCGGGCGGGUGCCUCCUGGCGGUGGUGGACGAGAGCGCGGCAGUGCGGGCGCUGGUCGGUCUCGCCGAGGGCUACCGAGCUCGCUUCCACCCCGUCCCCCAGCUCAAAAAACAGGUGCUGAGCUGCGAGCGGAGCCUGGGGGCCUGGCGCCUGCUGUCGCUGCCCCCAGACCUGGCGCGGGAAGCAGCCAGGCUGGAAGGCAGCCCCGAGGCCGACGCCUGCUGCUCCUUGAUCCUGAAAGUCCGGGCUGCGCUCCCACCCUGGCCCGGGGUGCGCUGGGUGUUCAGCCCGGACGUAGGCGCUGUCCCCGCCGGGGGGUGGGCUCCGGUGCUCGAGGCGCUCUGCGGCACGCCCGUGCCCACCCUCUUCUGCCCCCGGCCGGUGCUGGAGGUGCUGGCCCUGCUCCGCCGCGUCCUGGCCCACCUGGCGCACCUGGCCCAGCAGGUGGCGGCCUCCGCGGAGCAGCGGCUGCAGCAGUGGGCGCAACGGGCCCUGCGCUCCCGGCAGAGGCUCAACUGCCUGCGCAUGACUCGGAGCCUGCAGCUCCUGAGUCCUGCGCUCUCCCUGCUGCUGGUGCUGGUGGCCCUGGAGGCAGUGAGUGUCCACUCGGUCUCGGGGAAGAGCCGCGGCGAGUACCAGCAGUACCUGAGGCUCUGGAGGUCGGUCCUGCAGUGCACCGAGAACCUGCUGACCUACACCAGCCCCGAGAAGAACAAGUGGGACGAAACUGUCCCCCUCACCCGCGCGGCCCUGUCGAAGAUCUGGGCUUUCAGUGAGAAGCAGCAGAUGCUGAUGCAUUUAGCCCGUAGGCCCACGAGUGACGUGGCCUCAUGAAAACACCUCGGGGCCCUUUGGUUCUGUCAGGAGCCCAGCGGGGGACCUGGUGGCAGGCAGCUGGGUGCCACAGGCCGGGGGGGCGCCGCUCUGCUUGACCAGGGUGCGAGCCGGACCCGACCUGCCGGGGCUGGGUUGUCCCGGGAACCAGGUGACUUGGCCGUUUGGGUCUCCUUUCCCCAGAGCGUGUUGUCCGUGUUGUCCAUGGCAGGGAACACUCUCUUGCCCCGGUGUGACCCAGAAAUGACCGCUGCGCUCCAGCAGCAGCCUGCUGCGAGAAUGAGGCCCGUGCUCCCCGGCGGGCCUCCGCAGACGUCCGCUCCCGGCAGGCUCGGGUGGCCUGGCUUCUGUUCUGGCGGCGGCGUGUGAGGGGAGCGGGUGUGAGGACCGCGUGUGGCCAGGCCGGGCCCAACGGUGCACAUCCCUGCCCACACCAGGGCCGCGGGCUUGGUUUGGGGACUGUGCGUUCCGUGAGGGCAGCUCUGUGUGGCGACAGACAUUCCGUCCACCUCUUUGCCAACUCGGCACCUUCUGCUGACCAGCCUGGCUGGCUGGGAAGACUCGGAACUGGUGCUUCUGCCCCGGGGCGCCUUCGUCUUUGCCACGUGACCCCCGUCCACAGUCAGGGUCCGCUGGGGGGUCUGCACAGGGGCCCCUGCCUCCCCGGAUACUUGGGCGUGCCUCCUGCUGUGGGUGCCCGCGGUCACACCUCCGUGCUGCCUCGCCCACCUCUGGGCCACGGUCCCCCACCCGCCCGACCCGCUUCUGCAGCCUUGCGGGCGGGUGACCCGCUUGCUGUGGCCUUCCCCGGGAGAUGGGAGACCUCAGCACGAGGUCCCGGAUGCCCCCUGGUCCACAGCCCACCUGCCCCCUGCGGGCGGCAGCCCCACCCCAAGGGCAGCAGGGACAGUCCCCUUUGGCCUCCUGUGAGGCGCCGGCGCCAGUGGCUCAGCCUGCAGUCAGCGGACUGGGCUGUCGGGAAGCACCGCCUUCACGGCGGAGGUGCCUGGGACACAGGUCCACAAGGUCCACGCCAGGGCAGCGCCCCUCCUGGCCGCCCGAUCAGAGGCCACUUUGCCCCGCCCCGUCAGUUCCUCCCGGGCCCGCGGCGG